UAUGGCUGAGACUCCGAAGAUGAUCCGCAUGCUUUACAUUUUUCACAAAUUUUGGGAAAUAAAAUGUACGCUUGCUGCUCCACAGUAACUUUGGAACAGGACCUCAACAAAAAAAUGCAUAUCUGGAUGCUGCAGACGAUCGUGUUUGCUUUAACAUCGCUAGUCCUUUCGUGGGCAGAAAGUAUCGAGUAUUAUGGGGAAAUCUGUGAUAAUGCGUGUCCUUGUGAGGAGAAGGACAGCAUCCUAACAGUGAGCUGUGAAAACAGAGGGAUCAUCAGCCUUUUUGAGAUCAGUCCACCAAGGUUCCCUGUCUACCACCUCUUGUUGUCUGGGAAUCUUUUGAACAGGCUGUACCCAAACCAAUUUGUUAAUUACACGGGGGCUUCAAUUUUGCAUUUAGGGAGCAAUGACAUACAAGACAUCGAAACAGGGGCCUUUCAUGGUCUGAGAGGCUUAAGGAGGCUACACUUGAAUAAUAACAAGCUGGAACUUCUACGGGACGACACUUUCCUUGGUCUAGAGAGUUUGGAAUACCUACAGGUCGAUUAUAAUUAUAUUAGCGUCAUUGAACCUAAUGCCUUCAGCAAACUGCAUUUGCUGCAGGUGCUGAUUCUCAAUGAUAACCUCCUCUCCAGUUUGCCCAACAACCUUUUCCGUUUUGUGCCCUUAACUCACCUGGACCUGAGGGGUAACCGGCUGAAGCUGUUGCCCUAUGUGGGCCUUUUGCAGCACAUGGAUAAAGUGGUGGAGCUGCAGCUGGAGGAAAACCCCUGGAAUUGUUCUUGUGAGUUGAUUGCUCUAAAGGAUUGGCUAGACAGUAUCUCCUACUCUGCACUGGUGGGAGAUGUGGUUUGUGAGACCCCUUUCCGCUUGCACGGUCGAGAUUUGGAUGAAGUUUCCAAGCAGGAGCUUUGCCCCAGGAGACUCAUCUCGGAUUACGAAAUGAGACCACAGACACCACUGAGCACCACAGGGUAUUUCCACACUACCCCAGCCUCGGUCAACUCCGUGGCCACUUCUUCUUCAGCUGUUUACAAAUCCCCCUUGAAGCCCCCCAAAGGGACUCGCCAACCCAACAAGACAAGGGUGCGACCCACCUCCCGUCUGCCCUCAAAAGACCUGGGAUACAGCAACUAUGGACCCAGCAUUGCCUACCAGACCAAAUCCCCGGUGCCUUUGGAAUGUCCCACUGCCUGCACUUGCAACUUGCAGAUUUCUGACCUGGGCCUCAAUGUCAAUUGUCAGGAGAGGAAGAUCGAGAGCAUUUCUGAGCUACAGCCCAAACCCUAUAAUCCUAAGAAGAUGUAUCUGACAGAAAACUACAUCACUCUGGUACGCAGGGCAGAUUUUGUGGAUGCCACCGGGCUGGAUUUACUGCACCUGGGCAAUAAUCGGAUCUCGGUCAUUCAGGACCGGGCUUUUGGGGAUUUAACUAAUUUGCGAAGGCUGUACCUGAAUGGGAACCGUAUCGAGCGGCUGAGCCCAGAGCUGUUCUACGGGCUGCAAAGCCUGCAGUACCUUUUCCUGCAGUACAAUGUCAUCCGGGAGAUAGAGGCAGGCACCUUUGAACCCGUCCCCAACCUUCAGCUCUUGUUUUUGAACAACAAUCUUCUGAGAUCUUUGCCUGGGAACAUUUUUUCUGGUCUCUCCCUUUACAGGCUGAGCCUGCGGAGCAACCACUUCUCCUACCUGCCAGUGAGCGGGGUGCUGGACCAGCUGAAAUCCCUGCUGCAGAUCGACCUGCACGAGAACCCCUGGGACUGCACCUGCGACGUGGUAGGCAUGAAACUGUGGCUGGAGCAGCUCAACACCGGCGUCCUGGUGGACCAGGUGAUCUGCGAGUCCCCGAAGAAGUUCGCCCAGAGCGACAUGCGAGCCGUCCGGGCGGAGCUGCUGUGCCCCGACUACUCGGACAUCGUCGUCUCCACGCCCACGCCGUCCCCGGGCCAGGUCCCGGCCAGGACCACCCCCUCCUCCUCCACCGUGCGCCUCAACGGCACGGCGGCGGCGGGCGGCUCCACGCCUGCGGGGGGCGGCGGCGGCUCUUCGGUGCCGCUCUCGGUGCUGAUCCUCAGCCUGCUGCUGGUCUUCAUCAUGUCGGUCUUCGUGGCGGCGGGGCUCUUCGUGCUGGUGAUGAAGCGGCGCAAGAAGGGCCAGGGUGACCACGCCAGCGCCAACAACUCCGACGUGAGCUCCUUCAACAUGCAGUACAGCGUCUACAGCGGCGCCCACCACCACCACCCACACCUCCAGCAGCACCCGCCCCACCGCGGCGCCGGCGGCGGGGGAGGCGCGGCGCUGCCCAAAGUGAAGACCCCCGCCGGGCACGUCUACGAGUACAUCCCGCACCCCCUGGGCCACAUGUGCAAAAACCCCAUCUACCGCUCCCGGGAGGGCAACGCGGGCGAGGAUUACAAAGACCUCCACGAGCUCAAGGUCACCUACAGCAGCCACCCCCUGCAAGCCGGGGGGGGGGGGCAGCCUCCACCGCCGCCCCCACCGGCGCCCGGCGGGGAGGAUGCGCCCGGGCGCAGCCCCGCGUACAGCGUGAGCACCAUCGAGCCGCGGGAGGAGCUGCUCUCCCCGGUGCAAGACGCCGAUCGCUUUUACAGGGGCAUUUUGGAGCCCGACAAACACUCCUCCUCCUCCACGCUGGGCACAGCCGGCUCCACCCUCCCCGACUUCCCCAAGCUACCCGCCGCCUACACCUAUUCCCCCAACUAUGACCUUAGGCGUGCCCACCAGUACUUGCACCCGGGGCCGGGGGACGGCAGGCUCCGGGAGACGGUGCUCUACAGCCCCCCGAGUACUGUCCAUGUAGAGCCCAACAGGAACGAGUACCUGGAGCUAAAAGCAAAACUAAACGCAGAGCCGGACUACCUCGAAGUGCUGGAAAAACAGACCACAUUCAGCCAGUUCUGA